CUUGCGUCAAACGAAUAGCCACGUCUCAACGGACCGCAACGUUGUUCGCCGUUCUUAUACGUCCCAAACCACGUGCCACCCGUUAGCCACUCGCUUCACAUCCGAGUGGUACUUCUCUCUCUUUCUCUCUUUCACUACGUACUUCUCUCACGGAGAAUAGACUCGUACGUACGGGUUCCCGACUCACCUGAUAUAGUCGCGUAGAGUACCCGGUGCUGCACGUUCCGGAACAACGAGGCAGCUCCAUUUUACUUUUUCUAUUUCUUCCUCCCUCGACACCUCGACGACUUAUUUCGUGUUUCCGGGUUUGUUAGGUGCUCUUUCGACACGACCGAAUAACCACUUGGAUUACCGAUCCUAUUCGAAUUUCGCGAAUCUCGUGAACCUCAAGAAACUUAAGAGAAACAAAAGUUUGACGAAGCUUCGAAUUCUCGUUGGGAAAUCAGUUUGAUCUUCGUUAAAUCCGAGGAACAUAUCAGUCAAUAGCAACCAUGAAAUUCAUCGCACUAGUCGCAGCCAUAGUGGCCAUUCUGGUGGGCGCAGUCAGCGGCCAAGACUAUAGCCAAUUGUUCGCUGGGUUUGGUCCUUACCUGCAGCAGAGCUCAGGACUUCGAGAUCCAAGAUCGAACACAGGUCCAGUUGUAUUCCCACCCGGACCAGCGCCGAACAACGCUGAGUCGAGUGGAGUUAUCGUAGGAGCCAGUGGCUUCGGCUUCGUGCCACCCAACGCAGGGUUCCUCGCGUAUUUCUACUGAAGCGAUAAAAGCGAUAGCGAAGGUGGGACCAAUGGGCACUGAUACGGAGGCAGGGAGUCGGGGGAAACCGGAAGUCGAAGAUUCAACGUGACUCAGAGGGUGGAAGUGGGAUCGAACGAGUGACCUUGAGAUGUUCAAGGGACCUCCAAUUUCAGAGGCCUUUCACCAAAAGAGUCUCGUACGAAAGGCGCUGUCACAACCGCAGCGGAGACUGGACCACCUUCGAGUCUCUUUGGCGAGAAAAGACCUCGAAUGCAUGGUGAAAACCCGCGCGACUUACGAGCGACACGAAUAUGGAAGUGGAUUGAGGAUCAUCGCGGCUGGAUAAAAUACCGAUCGCCCCUUAAGGCUCGCCGGAUCAUCGAACUCGAGUUCUCGGCGUUACGUUUCGGUGACACACUGCGUUCGCUACUGUCCGAAGGUAGAAAUAUGUAAAUAUAAUGAUGAAAAAUCGCUUCGUUACAUUGGAAUUUGAAGACAUGACGUAUCACGAAAAUAAGGAUAAUGAAUGAGGAUCAAUGAAAAAAUUUUAAAAAUAAUUAUUUGCUCGAACGAACGCAGCUUUUACGAAGCUUGCAACAUCUAAAUUUGGCUAAAUUCGACUAAGUUUGAAGUAUUUGUACGGCAGGUAGUACAGUUGCACUUGAAACAUCUGCCAUAAAAGCUGAGUUAACAACAAUACGAUAGCGACAGUUGUUUUGUGUUAAGCAAAUUAGUUUUUUUAUAUUGUAGACUAAUUAAAGGUAUGCGUGAGUGAGUGUAUUAUCUUUGGAAAAAAAAACGAUUUAUUUAUUCUUAAUUAUAACGCCGUUUAAGUACCUGGUAAGACAAAAAUAUGGGUUAAUAAUGAGUACGAAUAUGUCUGGACCUCGAGUCGUCCUCGUGUCUCUGUAACACCGGAUAUACAUCGUAAUGCGGUUAGUAACUGCGCUUAUAUGUUCAAUGUUCCCACUCCAACGUUCACACGAUACGAUAAGUGUACACAUUAGGGAAAAAAAUGAUAAUUAUUGACACACGCGAUAAGAGUAUAGUUACGAAUAAUAGAAAAACCGCUCCGUCUAUUGUAUAACGUGAACGAUCAGGUGAUUACUCCUUAAAUCUAUAUGAGUCACGGAAAAAAGUCUCCCACUAACAUGAACUUUGUUGUAUAAUAUUUCAUCGAUUCAAGAAUAUAUGACAUUAAAAUAUA